AUGUCGACAUCUCCAUCCUCCUCCUCAGCUCCUUUAUCAGAAGAUUCAGAACUACAGGAACUAAUGGAACAGCAGCGCAAGAACCUGCUUUCUACUCUCCCCAGACAGAGAUGGCAAGGUUCUUACCUGUACAAGUACAAUGGCUUUUGGUUCAGCACUAUGCAGAUGCCAGGGCUCGUUGAAUUCCGAAAGCACUUCCAGGCUCGAGACAGUGAUGUCCUAAUUAUCACCACUCCCAAGUCGGGCACCACAUGGCUGAAGGCCCUCGCAUUUGCCUUGAUGAACCGAAAUAUUUGUCCCAUCAACCAGAACCACCCUUUGCUCAACCAAAAUCCUCAUACUCUUGUGCUACACUUGGAAUAUCCUAACCCUUAUGAUAAACAGCACCCUGAUUAUUCUUUCCAAGGAUCAAGAAGACUGCUUGGAACCCACUGCCCGCUUGCGCUACUGCCCGAGUCAGUGAUGAACUCGGGUUGCAAGAUUGUCUAUCUAAGCAGAAACAUUAAGGAUAUUUUUGUCUCGUAUUGGCACUUCACUAAUAAGUUGGGGAGUACUGAAACCUCUUUCGAGGAAUUUUUUGACCUGUUUUGUAAGGGAGUGAGCUUAUCUGGACCUAUUUGGGAUCAUGUUUUAGGUUACUGGAAAGCAAGCUUGGACAAGCCCCAAAAGGUACUUUUUCUUAAGUAUGAAGAAAUGACACAAGAACCAGCUUUUAACCUGAAACAUCUUGUCGAGUUCUUGGGUUGUCCAAUUUCUCAAGAGGAAGAGACAGCAGGAGUGGUUGAUGAGAUUUUAGGGCUUUGUAGCUUUGAUCACAUGAGGAAUUUGGAGGUGAACAAGAGCGGGACCAUGUGGAAUCAUAGCAAUCAGAUUCUCACUUCAAAGAAGAAGCAGAGCAAAAAAUUAGAUAAUCUAAAGCCCACUCCCAAGAAGACAGCUAGAGAUUCGGAUCAUGAUAAAAUGAUGACAAAAAAGAAUAAUACUAGUAAAAGGAAUGCAAACAAGAAUGGUCCUGGACAGGAAAAUGGAAGGAGUGACGCACCACCAUCAGCAGGAGGAGCUGGGCGGAGGCCGGGAAAGAGGACUGGAGAUGGUCCAGUUACAUAUAGCGAAAAGGAUUUGGCGGUAGGGAAGGCGGCUACUGAAGGUUACUCCUUUGUGCCCCUUUGA